AUCGGUUCUUGCACUUUUAAAAGUAGAGUUUCAGAAAAAAAGGAAAAGAUUCUCUUUUUUUUUCUUCUGGAGUUUUCUUAAUUUGGUCAUUUUCAAGAUAAGAGAUAAAUUUGAGUUGAUUGUUCGUAUCAAAACUGGGUUUUCUUUGUUUUGAGAGAGAGAGAGAGAGAGAGAGAGCAAGAGAGCAGAGGUGAAGAUGUUGGAAGGAAAAGCUUUGAUAGAGGACACAGACAUGCCUGUGAAGAUGCAAAUCCAAGCUAUGGCUUCUGCUUCUCAAGCCUUAGAUCUCUAUGAUGUCCUGGACUGUAAAUCCAUUGCUGCCCAUAUAAAAAAGGAGUUUGAUAUGAAAUAUGGAGGUGGAUGGCAAUGUGUGGUGGGUUCCAAUUUUGGGUGUUUCUUUACUCAUACUAAAGGGACUUUCAUCUACUUCACAUUGGAGACCCUCAACUUCCUUAUCUUCAAAGGGACUUCUUCUCCUUCUACUACCCUAAGAGAAAUUACUUGAUCUAUCAAGUAAUUUCAGAGAACACGAAAUAACUUCUAUCCUUGAGAAAUCGACCAGGUAAGUUCAGAGCAGAGCAUGAAAAGUGACUCGAUAGACUGGGGAGAGAGGUAGAAAAGAAGAGAACAUAGAUGACCACAUGAAAAUUCCUAUGUAUUUUCCAAUGUGAUUAGAAGCCUUGUAAAUUUAAUGGUUUUAAGGGCACUUGUUAAUGUCCCUUAUUGUAUACUAGAUGGUUGCUUCUAAUUGUAAUGGUUUCUCCAUUCUCAGUUUUCUCGUUUCCCUUUAUGCCUUUA